GCAGCUUAGAUCGAUUUGGGAAUUUGGAUUUUGGAUUUAGAAUUAGAACAUUGUAAUACUAAUAAUAGGUUAAGAUAUUUAUAAUAUUAUUCAGAUAUCGCGAGAAGAAAAUGAAAACACGGUCGUUUGAUUGAUUUUCAUCGGUAUUUUAAUAUUUACGAAACACCAUACUAAUAUUAAAUUCAUAUACCUACUGGUUCAAUUAUCUUAUAGUUUCUUUACAUUAUGGAAGACGAACAGGAUUCAGUUGAAAUUGAAAAUCCUACUAAAAGUGCCACUAUUCUCUGUGUUCAAUACCUUAUAUCACAGCACAUGAAAUUUAAAAAUGUAAUUAAAAAAGAUGAUCUGACAAAAACUGUCUUCAAGGGUCUUAAUAUUGGAAAAAAUUAUGAAAGAAUUAUGGAAGAUGUGGAAAACACCUUAAAAAAUACUUUUGGAUUUUCAAUAUCAUAUAUUAAAAGCGACCGCAAACAAUUUAUAAUUGUAAAUAAUAUUGAUGAUAUUGAUGUUUCUGAAUUUAAUUCCUCUGAAGAAUCAAAAUAUCGUAUUUUACUUAAACCGAUAAUUGGGGCAUUAGUUAUGCUUCGUACACCAAUCAGCGAAGGUCAAAUGUGGAAUAUACUGGAAAAAUUUGCAGUGAAAUUAAAUUUAGAAAUGGAUUAUAUUAAACAAAUUGUUAAAGGAGAUUUUGUAAGAGAUCAAUAUCUUCAGUUUAAAAUUACUGAUGAUACAACUAUAAUGCUUGAUCCGGAAAAAACAAGUUAUUGGUUUACCUUAGGACCUAGAGCAUUAGAAGAAUGUGAUCAGAUGGCUGUAUUAAACCGAGUUGGGGAGUUGUACAACAAGCCUGCCAAGUCGUUCAAGCGUGUAUAUGCUGCGUUAAUUAAAUAAUAAUGUUUUGUUUGUAAGUCGUUUUAUCUUUAUAUAUAUGUCCAAAGAAUAAACGAUAUACUCAACUUUUUUUAUAAUAUUUAUCUACAAAAAAAACACGUUUAAAGUUCGAUUAUUAUUAUACCAAACUAUGACUAUGUACCUGUAACAAUUGUCAUUCAUGUAAUACGUAUCGUGAAUUGUAAUUAGUAUUUUAAAUUGUUACGUAUAUUUAUAUAACUUUUAUAAUUAAAUAUAUUAUACAUCUCUAACUGACUGGAGUAAAAAAAAAA